CCUGGUUUCCCAGGGAACCGUGCAGCAGACAGGCUGGGCGGAAAAGCGUUUCCGGGUCGGCUCAAACUUGGAGAGAGGAGCAGAGAGACAAAGAGGAGGUGAUAGUGAGGUGGGGGAGGGAGAAGGCUCAGUGGAGAGGCAGUGGGGGGAGGCUGAGGUGCUGGCUCUACUCUCAGUGUGGGACCAGGGUGGACAACAGCACGCAGUAGAGAGCAGAAGCACAUUUGAGGUGAUUUCAGAGCGUCUGAGGAGGCUCAGUGUUGUGCGCAGCUGGAAGGACUCUCAGCUAAUACAGAAGCAUGAGACUUCAGAGCAGGAAGCCUGAUGCAGGCACGUCAGUGAACUACAGCCCAGGAGUGGAAGAAAGGCCGCUGGAAAGGCCACGGGAGGAAGAAGGUGUGGAUAAUCAAAGAAGAAUCUACCCAGUCCAGCAAGGAAUAAAGACUCAAUUUCCUUCAGCUGUUUCUGACUCUACGAAUGUGGCUGAAGAGGGAAUCCGCCACUGGACAGAUGAUGAAGUAAGAGCGCUGCUGUGCGUCUGGGCCGACCGCAACAUUCGGGAACGUUUGAAAAGCACGCUGCGCAACAAAUCAAUAUUCCAAGAGAUGGCUCAGCAGAUGCAAAGAAAAUAUGGGGUGAUACGCGACUGGAGACAAUGCCGUACAAAAUACAAGAAUCUGAAAUAUGACUAUAAGAUUGCUAAAAGUGCACACGCUGCAGGAGGCAGCAGUGCAGGAAGCCUGGCGAAGCACAUGAAGUUUUUUGAUGAAGUGGAAGCUAUUUUACUGGACAAAGGACUGGAAAAUGGGAGCAUGGAGAUGCAGAAGAGACUGUAUGAUGAACUGGAAGCAGGGAGGCUACAAACACCAGCAGGCCACACAGGGCAGAUAACAGGCUCUGAGAGGGAGGUGGUCAUCGACAUGGAUGAUGAUGACAACAGUGACGAUUGCAACAUGGACGGAGAAAUGGAAAUAAAGAGAGAGAGAAGUACAGAUGCCCAUCGAGCACACACAGACUCCAGCUCUGACCAAGUGGUCACAGUGUCGGACGCUGGUCGAAACUGGAGCGACCAAGAGGUGCGAGCCCUGAUCCAAGUCUGGUCCGAUGAGCGCAUACGCAGGAAGCUGGAGAGCUCAACCAGAAAGAGGGACAUCUUUGUCCAGAUCUCAAGCAGGUUACUGCAGCAAGGCAUCGAUCGUGACUGGAAACAGUGCCACACUAAGUACAGGAACCUCAAGUAUCUCUACAGGUGCCUUCAAAGGGGCAAGACUGAUGAAGCUGACCCGAGAUGCCUCAUGAGGUUUUACGAAGAAGUGGACUCCAUUAUGAAUCGCACGACUAACGACUCUCUGCAAGAACCAGGAGCAGAUUCAGACAGACUUACAAUAUCUGACAACUGUGAUGAGAAAAAUAAGGUGGACGGCAACUUGGCAAAUUCUGACUUAUCAGUAACCAUCGAGGCAUCAAACACUUAUGAGUCAGAGCGGCAUAAAAUCAAGGAGCAUCGUUUGGAUCAAGAACACAUGUUGAUGAGUGCUUCUGAGAGUGAGGUCGAUAAAGAGAAUACUACUGCAUCAAACAGAAGACUGAAGAGGAAAGCUGUGGAUGAAGACCCUGGACUGCACACAUCACUGAAAAAGCUGAACCCUCUUGGCCCUGUUGUUGCUGACAGACUGCACACCCAGUGUAAAGAAGAGCAGGACCACAUCCCCAUAAUAAAGAUCAACUCAGUCUGUUCAGUGGCCUCCUCUGCUCCAUCGCCACAGGGCUGCUCAGGAUCCACGAGCACCAUGGCCUCCACCCCAGAGUUAAAAAUCGGCCAGAAGCUCAAUGAGGGCAAGACUAAACAGAUUUUCGAGCUCGUGGACCAGCCGGGACUGGUUCUAGUCCAGUCUAAAGACCAGAUCACAGCUGGGAACGCCGUGAGGAAAGAUCAGAUGGAGGGCAAAGCUGCCAUUGCCAACAAAACCACGAGCUGCGUGUUCCAGCUGCUGCAGGAGUCUGGCAUUAAGACGGCCUUUGUUAAGCAGCACUCGGACACAGCGUUCAUCGCAGCGCACUGCGAGAUGAUACCCAUUGAGUGGGUGUGUCGCAGAGUGGCGACUGGAUCUUUCCUCAAGAGGAAUCCAGGAGUCAAAGAGGGCUACCGCUUUUCUCCUCUAAAGAUGGAGAUGUUCUUUAAAGAUGAUGCCAACAAUGAUCCUCAGUGGUCAGAGGAGCAGCUGCUGGAGGCCAAACUGUGUGUGGCUGGGCUCACUAUUGGUCAGUGUGAGGUGGACAUAAUGAGUCGCAGCACUGUGGCCAUUUUUGAGAUAGUGGAGAAGGCCUGGGCCACUCAGAACUGCACCCUGGUGGACAUGAAGAUUGAAUUUGGCGUCAGUGUGAAAAGUGGAGAGAUUGUGCUCGCUGACGUGAUUGACAGCGAUUCAUGGAGGCUUUGGCCAGCUGGAGAUCGGAGCCAGCAAAAAGACAAACAGGUGUACAGAGAGCUGAAGGAAGUGACCCCAGAGGCAAUGCAGAUGGUGAAGAGGAAUUUUGAGUGGGUCUCUGAAAGGGUCAGGUUGCUGCUGGAGCCCCAGGCAAGCAGCAGGGUGGUGCUUUUAAUGGGCUCCACCUCAGACGUGGCCCACUGUGAAAAGAUAAGAAAGGCGUGCGCCUCCUACGGGCUCCCCUGUGUCCUCAGAGUCACCUCGGCACACAAGGGUCCAGAUGAGACGCUGCGCAUUAAAGCUGAAUAUGAAGGUGAUGGCAUACCCACUGUGUUCGUGGCUGUGGCUGGGAGGAGUAACGGCCUCAGCCCAGUGAUGUCUGGUAACACGGCUUACCCUGUGAUCAGCUGCCCUCCUCUCACUCCAGACUGGGGACCACAAGAUGUCUGGUCAUCCCUCCGCAUGCCAAGUGGUCUUGGCUGCUCCACCGUGUUGUCUCCUGAAGCUUGUGCUCAGUUUGCAGCGCAGAUCUUGGGGUUGAGGGACCACCUGGUGUGGUGCAAACUGAGGGCAUCCAUGCUCAACACCUGGGUGUCUCUCAAGCUGGCUGACAAGAAGUUACAGGCCUGCAGCCUCUGAAGAGCCCAGCGUGCAUCACACUGAACAAAAGAGCUUUGGUCCAUUUAGCACCCUUGAAGCCAACUGCAGGACUGACAAUGACACAAUUCAUUUCAUUGAGGCCAAGUUUAUAACAUGGAAAUGUUUCUAAUAGAUUUGUUAUAGUUUCUCAAUUUUAAUAGAAUUUAUGGAAUUUUUUAAUUUAUUUAUUUAUUUUUGCCUGCAUGUUGUUGCUGCCUGUGUUUAAUUGUGUCAUUUUUGUAACUUGCUGCUGCCCAUCGUCAGGUCUCCCUAAAAAAGGUUUUUGUUUCAGUGGGAUCUUCCUGGUUGAAUAAAAG